UUAAAAAUUUAUAUUCUUUCAUUAAAAAACAUUUAUUUCAGAGUAGCCCAAUUCAAUACAGGAAAAUGAAUUCGAAUUCAAACGUUUCGUUCGAAAUAAUGAAAGAACAAUUAUGUUUGAAUUGUUUAUUUCUUCCCUCAUUUUCUCUACUGAAAACCAUCGGUUUGGAUAUAUUAUCUUCGUGCAAAAGUAUACAAUGUGAUGUAAAAUCUCGACUAUUGAAAAUAUAUUUGGUAUUCGUGCAAUUAAUUUUCUUCAUUUCUGCUUCUUCCAAAGCAAUAGAAAUAUUUUAUAAAUUAAAAGGAUUUCAAACUGGAUGCCUAAAAGACCAUUCUUCUCAACAAGGUACAGUCUUUUUCGGUAGUUUAUUUUUCACUAUUUCAAACUGUUGUUUCUUAAUUUCUGUUUUUUUGAAAAAUAAAAAACUAUCAAUAAAUAUUCCUGUCAAUAUUAAAGAAUUCUGUCAAGUAAUGAAAUUUCAAAGAAUAAUUAUUAUGUGUUGGGGCACCAUCCAUUUUUUUACUAUUUCUGUAAUUCCAAUAUUAUUAUUAUUGGCAUAUCUCUUUCACUCUGGUAAAAACAAUAUUACUCGUUUUGUCUGUGGAUCUCUUUAUGCUUUAUAUAGUAUAUUUGCAAUCAAUCUAAUCAUGUUUUUAAUAAUGAUAGUCAAUGUCAUUUUAUAUUUGAUUCAAAUGAAGAUGUCGAAAAUACUAGAAGCUACCGAAAAUGCAAUAAAAGUGAUGGAUCAUCGAAAGAUUCAGCGAAACAUGAAGAAUCACGAAGCGGUAUAUCGAUUCUUAAACCACAUAAAUCAUACUUUUGAAAAUUGUAUAUUCAUCAGCUACUUCUCGAGUAUUUACUCAUUGUGUUUGUGCAUUUAUAAUGUAACAAUUGGAGGAUCAGAAAUUUUAAUUAUGAAAUAUUUUUUAAUUCCAAUCAUCAUAGGCGUAUCUCUUACUUUGAUAUAUCUUUCCUAUGGAAUUUCACGACUUUUUAUCUUGUUCUAUGGAUCAAAUCAAGAAGUAAGAAAAUUCUCAAUUUCUUAUUUGCCCAUUCAAACGAAAUUAAAGAUGUUGUGUUUCAUGAAGCUGUUUUAUAACAAAGAAAUUGGAUUUUCUUGUGGAGGAUUCUUUACUCUUUCGAGAGCAUUUCCCUUACGAGUUAUUAAAUCUCUCUUCAGUGCAUUUUCCCUCUUAUUGGAACUAAGAAGUUUAAUGGAAGAAAAAGUAUCUUGUAGAGAGUUUCACUUGGCUCGAAAUAUCAGCACUGCAUUCAAUGCAUUUCAACACAAUUCUAUUAUAAAUUUAUAAAAACGUCCGCAAUUAUUUUUCUCAUUUUUCUUAAAAUUUAAUCUUUAUUGGACUUUUAAAAACAU